AUGAAUUUACGAAGUCGCCUGGUAAAUGCCACGGAACGUGCUGUGCUUUUUCAAAUUUUCAAAGAUGUGCAGAAUGAUCCGGAAAAGUACGACAAUGCAGUUGAGGCGAUCUGUGAAUCAAUCGACUAUUUUGGCAAAUUUUUGACCGAUAGCGAGUAUCUUACACAAAUCAAGCCGAUUCUUGAUACACAGUGCCCAACAAAGUCGAUAAUUUGCUUCUCGAAAUGUUUGACAAAAGUGAGCACAGAUAUAAAUACUACCACAUUUCGAGAUGUGAUCACCAUGCUCGACUGGUUGAAGUAUGUCGUUGAAAAAUCGCUGACAAGUGCUAUUUGUAGCAGUCUGAAAGUUAAAGAAACUGAUGUCAGUGCAGUUCAGUUGUAUCGAGAAUUCGCAUCAGCAUGUUCAAAUAUUCCGGAGAAAGUUUCGAAUUGUUGUGCAAAGGCAUUGUCUGGCGAGCAUGUCAAAUAUAUCAACACGGUUAAGUGGAUAUUCAAAAUGAAUCUGGUGCAAGGAAUUCAAAAGGCUAUGCUUCUUGCUCACGACGACAUUGUAACUGCUGCCCCGUUCACUUCAUUCUACGGAUCCGGUGGUCCUUAUAUGAAGACUGUCGCAGAAAUUAUUUCAUCUGGAAGAAACAUAGAUAUCACCAACAAGGAUGGGCUUCUAGUUCAAAUGAUUGAAUGGAUUGGUUCACUAAACAAUUUUGAUUCUCAAUGGCGUCGGAUGAUGUUUCUCAUCUUCCAAGAGCCCACAUAUCAGGGAAUUCAAGUUCAUGAAUCACUACUGACAACAUUGUUCCUAAUUUCGAAAAGUGACCAAAUCUUGAAACGAUGUAUCGAAGCCACUGAUCUGACUGGAACACUGAAGCGUGUAGUGAUGGUUAAGCUCCCGUUUCAGCGAGUUCUCAAACGAAAGACCAUCGAGAUUCUUAUCAAUUUUGUUUAUCGAACUAAGGAACAAUUUGCCAUCCAGCUAUUAGAGACUUCUGUGAAAAUCUGGAGUGAUCUCAAUUACGCAAAAAGUGCUCCAGAAUCACAAGAACGACACAUAGUCAGAAUGAUAUUAUACUUGGUUCAUCUUUUCAGAACAUGUUCUUCAAUCGAUUGGGAGUCACUCUUCCUGAACUCUAUGGAUGGAGUUCAUUGUCGAAUGAGCAUGUUGCCUAUGUACGUCCAAAGUGGUAUUUUUGUUAAUCAAGCACUGUGCAAGCAAGCGACAAAGCAUCGAUCGAAAACGCACGGAUCAGAUGAGCAACCUCCAGAGACUCUAGAAGAAAACAAAUUCGUUUCAAGUGAAGUGGGAAAAAUAUGGUUUGAAGAGAUGACGUCAAUUUUGGAACAUGGAUUUAAUUCUUCUACAGUGAAAGAUUCUGAGCGAGUUCGAGAAACCGCCAACGAAAUAACCAAAGACGAUUCGGGUGAAGAAUUUGAAGAAACCAAUGCACAGCGUCUUCAAAACAACAAAGAUUCGGCAGCAAUCACAUCGAAAAACAAUCUACGUUUAGAUUCUGAUGAUGACGAAGACUUUCCUGACUAUCAAGUUAAUGAAUCAGAAAAGAUCUUCAAGAAUUUAGAAAUUGGAGAAGAACCGAAAAAUAAAGUGACACCUCCAGCAUACAUUGCAGAUGCUUUCGAAAUGCUAUUAGAGAAAGAAAAAUACGAGGUUUUUGAAGCAGCUUUCUUUAAUAUUACGAAUUUGAUCAAUCGCCGGCCAAUUGGAUUUCCACAAAUCGCUGAGAAGUUGUUCAUCCGAAUCCUCCAUCUUCAAAACAAUUUUGGAACGCCUAAAUUCAAGGAAACUGUUGAUGAAAUUGCAGUUGCAUGUAUCACUCAGCGUCCAGAAAUUGUCCCAUCUGUAGUGCGUCUGAUCAUUGCACCAGGUCAAGGUUUCAGUAUCAAACAACGUCUUCUUCAUUACAUUCACAAUGCUGCUGAUGGAAUGGGUGCAUUGGAUAAGAAACUUGAAGAGUGUGUAAUGGCGCAACAAUUGAGAAUUGGUGGUCCAACGUUAAGUAUUAUUCUUCAUCGAACUAUAAACACUGAUUAUGACGAUGAGGAUGAAGAUCCCCACAGACUUUUAGUUCCUGAAUGGCGACGAAUGGUGGAUGCUCGCAUUGCUGCAAAUACCAGAAGAAUUGGAACGACGCGAGAGCCACCAAGAGCCGGAGUUGUCAAUCGUCUCGCACAAGCUGCCAAAUAUAUGUUUUAUCCUUUGUUGGUUUUGCCACGUGGUGAGAACGCAAGUCUUUUGGGCAAGGACUCCGAUCUACUCGCCUCACUCAUCAUGGUUGCAUCGAUGGUUUAUGUGAGAUGUGGCGUAUGUCCUCAAAUUCAUCGAAUGUCAAGUGAGCUUAUAUCAUAUGCAACGCCUCAUCGAUUCUCUGAAAACGCAAAACUACGGACUGCCUGCAUCAUUGCCCAUCUGAAUGUGACGACUUUGUUGCCUGGAGAUCUUAUGGAUGAACUGUUUGAUGUACCGGCACUUAUUGGAUGGUUUGAUUGGGCCAAUUCUGUACUGGUUAAUGCAUCUUCAUCACAAUUGGAAAAGGAUAUGACUCGCCAGUUUGGUCAUAGUGUUACAAAACACCUUCAACGUUAUCAUCCAGCUGUACUGCAACACCAAGACGUUUAAAUAGUUACUAUUCACUUGUUUUCCUUCUUUUCAAGUACUGUAUCAUUUCUUACUAUCUUGCCAACACUUUGAUCUCUACCUCGUUCACUUCUUGCUUUGCCACCCGUUGAUAUCACCUGUCUCAUUCAUUUAUCAGCAUGUUCAUAAUAUCAAAAAUAAAAUCUUAUCAAAUGUA